UGUUUUCUCUUGUUAUUUUCUCAAAGAAUAAAUGAACGUUGUUCUUUUUUUUUUUCCCUUGACAUUUGUUUCUUUUCCAUGACGUUUCCAGUAAACGAGGAUUGGCGUUGACAGGCAGUGACGUGUCAACUCUUUACAGCUGAAUUUAAAGGGCUGGUUUCGGGAUUGAUUUGGAAAAAACGACACUGAAUCUGCAUCAGUGAGGAGCAGAGUGUGGAGAGAGGAGCAGAUCGCACACCGGAGCAUCGAGACGGGAGCGCAGACAUCCAAUUUAUUCAACAUGAACGUUCAGUGUUACCACUGUGGUUCCACCAAUUGUAGAUGCUCCAGGAUCUUUCCAUCGACCUACAAUGAACCUGAAAUCAAUACAGAGAGUUCUGCUUUUAAGACUCCUCAAUCUUCUCAUCAAACUACUUUGGCCAACUUUGACAACUCCAGAGCUCGUCAAGUUCUUCAGGCGGCACAUUUCUUGGAGAGACGUGGGACCGCAGCUCAGCAAACAGCAAUGAGUCUUAUAGGGGUAGCCUUGGAGGAAGAGAAGAAAGCCAAACAACUUCAUAAGGCUAAACAUGAAAAAACGAUAGCUGAUUUCCAGCAGCAAAUUCAUAUCAGAGAGACCAAGAUGGCUGAAGUCAGAUCAUCAGAAUUAGCCUGCCAGACUGGUUUGGAUGCAGAGUGGCUGGAAGUCAACAAUUUCUUCACCACCAUAGUAAAAAUCGUGGAGGGUGUUCGGGAGACAGCCAUUCAGCCUGUGAAGGAAAGGAGAUGGAAAGUUGAAAGAGACACUCAGGAUCUCCUCCAGAAGCUUCAGAGAGAAAUUGAUGUGCUCAACAAGGCCAUUGAUGAGACAAACAAAAACCCAGACUUGGAGGUUUCUCCUCAAAGAGUCCUGAAGGAAUCUAAUGGGAUAAAUGUCCAUGUUGACACUUCACUCUCCCUCGGCACACUGAAAGCUACAACUUCAACCAUGAUGAAGCAAAUUUGCGAGGAACUGGAUAAACUCUCAACCAUCGAAUUCAAGAGGAUUCUUACAUUUGCAGUGGACGUGAAGCUGGACCCGACGACCGCACACCAAAGCCUUGAAAUUUCUGAUGAUGGGAAACAAGUGAGAGAUGCUGGCAAGACGCUGAAAGAUACUGAUUCUCCACAAAGGUUUGAUGUAUUUGGAAGUGUCCUGGGGCUGAACAGGCUGUCCUCUGGCAGGGCAUACUGGGAGGUGGAGGUCAAGAAUAAGACUGGGUGGGAUCUGGGCGUGACGAGACGUUACGCAAACCGCAAGGGGAAUCUCUCGAUCAAUCCUGACAGCGGUUAUUGGGUUAUUGUACAUUAUGAAGAGAAGAAAUAUUCAGCCCUAACGACAACACCUGUGAGCCUUUCACUUAAAGGGAAACCACAGAAAGUCGGGGUGUUUGUAGAUUAUGAGGAAGAUCUUGUGUCCUUUUACGAUGUGACAUCUCAGUCUCACAUCUACUCAUUUACUGAGUGUUUGUUUGGUGGUGAGAUCCUCCCGUACUUCAGUCCACAUCUGAAACAAAAUGAGAAAAACAGCAAUCCUUUGAUUAUCUCUGCUGUGCAAAAGCAGCAGUAAUCACAUGCACUGGAUGUGGUAAGCAAUAUGUAUGAUUGGGUGUGCAGUAACAGUUUGCUUACCUGCUCAUCGGGUAUUUCAUUGGUCAAAAGUUUUAUCUUUUAUGUACUAUUUUCCUAGAUUUUAACAUUUGAAAAGUCAAAAAUAGGUCACACAUACAGCAGUGGAAAUGUAUACAUUUUACAGAUAUGAACAAUGAAAUAACAGAAAAUUACUAACAGGAAAAAAAAAACCAAGGCUGGGAACUAGGAGGUCUGGGCGUGUUGAAACACCUCUGGCAAAAGACAGAAAUGACACAAUAUAUUCUAAAUAUCAACGUGUUAAAACACUUUAGACACUAUUCCUGUUAUUUCUUUAAGAAAAAAAUAUUAGGACAUAUUAUGAUCAAAUGAUGUCACGUACUGAUCACCAGCAGCUGGAGGUUGUGCAUUAUUCAAAAUCAGCUUUUAGCCAAUUUUUGGGAGCAUUAAAAUCUUGCACCUAGAUGAAAAUAACUUUAAGAAGUAAUUUGACAUUAAUCCCUCGGAUGCAACAGGGAACUUGACUUUGUGGUGCAUGGACUGGUGUAUGUAUGCAUCAGAAUCAGAAUACUUUAUUAAUCCUUGAGAAAAUAAUAUAAGUGUAUGUAUUUGCUUUUCUACUCACUCUCAGUAGAUUGCUUUCUUAUACUUCAAAGCUUGGGGGAUAAGGAGGUAAUUUAGGACUCAGGAUCUAUGACACACAGUUUAAGGGGAGCCAUGAAUCAAACCACCAACCUUGCCAUUAGCAGAUGGUCUGCUCUACCCGAUAAGCCACAUAGGACUUUAAAAUAUUAAGUUAACUUUGUGCGAAUAGCCUUAAAUUAUAUGUCUUGACUGCUGUCCUAAGAGUUGCAAGACUGGAAUACUUGAACUUUCUGUGUGCCCGUGACAUUUUUCAUCUGCUGAUUCUUGUCUGCUGUGUACACAGGAGUGUGGUAGUCCCCUCCACAUCUGUGCAGACACACACACACACACAUACACAGACACACACACACACACACACACACACACACACACACACACACACACACACACACACACACACACACACUUCAGCACUCCCUUCCUACGGCUCUGACUAUAAAUGCUGUUUGUUAUAUUGUAUACCACAGGAUGGAUUACGGGUUCUGCUGGUUUGUUGUGUUUUGCUCAUUCUCCAUCACUUACUGUAUCAACAAAAUGUUUACUUCUCUUUGUAGCUCUGUUUUACAGAUCCUUUUUGUAACUAUUUUCUUCUGUUCAACCGUUUGUUUCACUUUGUACUUUUGCUACUCAGGCUUAUUAAAUUGUGCUCUUCAGCAGUCACUAUAUGCCAUUUAAUAAUGUGUGUAAUAUAUUUAUGACAUCAAAUGGACAGAAGUGAAUAAAACUGUCAUUUAGGAA